AGCGGAGUCACAGCGGAGCCAAUCCAAACAAGGCAUUGUGGAACCGCCGCCGAUCCUGUGGGCGGGAAAGCCGAAGUGAGAGCAGCAAAAUGGAGGAGAAGAUGAAGAAGAUAACACAUACAUCAAAUCUGGACAAAUUUGUUGAAGACUAUGGGCUUUUGGAACAGAAAAUAGCUGAAAUUCAGGGGAGAAAUCGUCUCCUUGAAAUCCAGCUGGAGGAAGCAAACCGUUUGGUGAAACUGACACAGGCUAAAGAGAAUUCUUUGAAAGAAGAAUGUGUUUCAUUGCAUGGAAUGGUGACGGAUCUGCAGGACACCAUCCAAAAACAAUACGAUGUACGAGAUGAAAAUGAAAAGCUGAAAAGAAGGAUCAACUUCUUAGAAGAGAAGUUAAAAAUGGUUGAACAGGAGGAAAAGGACCAUGUCAAGAGUUUGGUAUUACAGCUGAAAACGAUGGAGCAGGAGCAACAGUUGGAGCGGGCCGAGAUUCAGCAAAACUUGAACAGGCGGUUUGAAGUAAAGGAAGCUGAACUCAACAGCGUUAUUGAUAAAAAGGAGGCAGAGAUUCAGCGACUGAACAGACAGUUAUCUUCUCAAGAGAGGGAGAAGCAGAGUGAGAUCAUCAAAUUGCAGAUGGAGUUUAACUCCAAGCUUGUGAAGAUCCAGAGCACCUCAAUGAAGUCUCCACAUCACGAUCUGUCUGUUUUACCUCACAAUAUCUUCAAGAGGAAGUUACAGCAUCUCCAGGAAGAGAAGAACCGGGAGGUUGCAGCGCUUCGCCGAACCAUUCGAGAGCUUGAACAGCAGCAAGGCUUCACUCACACCUUACAGCUGAAGCGUAGGAAGAUUUAGCAUCAGUUCAUUUUGUUGCAGAAUCUUGCUAGAUGCAAGGUGUGGAUUGAAGCUGGUGUUGAGAUGCUGUCUCUGAGUUGCACUUGGUCUUAGGUUUUCUGCUACAGAAUAAUUCAUUUUACACUAAAUGUGUGUCAGAGGGUUAGUGGCUGGCUGCUCAUUCAGAUCCACCAGGGUCAGAGACUGAUGGGAGAAUAUUGAGUAGACCAGAGGUUGUUACUCCUGCAAUGCUUUGAACCAGAAAUGACUUCCUCCCUCUGUA